UAAUAGAGGACCACUAGCCAGGCUUAUGGCUGUCAACUAAUUUACAGUAGGAAGUCGUCCCACAUUAUAAGGAGUAAAUCAGUCUUUAUGAUAAGAUGGGAAACUUAUUACGCAUCCUGCUGAACAAUGACCCUCCAUCUAAACAUUCAGACAAUAUUUUUGUUGAUUUUGAAAAUGCUCAGCCAUCGCCAUCAGAAGAACGUGUUUGGCUGAUGGUCAAGAAAGUCCUUGAUAUGGCCCAGGAGGUUCUGCUGGAGAUACAGAGAUACAGUGGGGCCACAGAGGAAAUUAGGAUGGCCAUAUCCAACCCUAAAAUAGAGGACCUACAGGACAAAGCCUGGCAGUCUGUGACUCCACUGGUUUCUAAACUUAAAAAGUUUUUUGAAUUUUCCCUUGAGUUGGAGAGAGUUAUACCAGAACUGUUAGGUGAACUGUGCUCCGAGGACCUCACUCCCAGGGAACAUCUAGAACAGCAGCAGUCACUCUUUAAACAGUUUGCUGAAAUUCUGGACUUUGUCUUGAAAUUUGACGACAUUAAGAUGACUACCCCAGCAAUGCAGAAUGAUUUCAGCUAUUACAGAAGAACUUUAAAUAGAAGAAAAAUGGCAAAUGAGGAUGAGAUUCAAGAAGGAGAGGAACAUGUAUCCAACGAGUUAGCAAACAGGAUGUCUUUAUUCUACGCUCAGUCUACUCCUAUGCUGAAGUCACUCAGUGAUGUCACAGCCAAAUUUGUUUCUCAACACAAAGAUCUACCUCUGGAACAAACCACAGACUGUUUGAGUAUGAUGGCCAACAUUUGUAGGGUCAUGAUUGAGAAUGAUGAGUACAAGUCAAGAAUGAAGGAGGAGACAAGGUUGUUUUGUCUGAGGGUGAUGGUAGGAGUUAUCAUUCUUUAUGACCAUGUUCAUCCAUUGGGAGCCUUCACUAAAACAUCCAGUAUAGAGAUGAAAAGUUCAAUUAAACUUUUGAAAGACCAGGAGAGGACUAAAGUGGAGGCUUUGUUGAAUGCAUUAAGGUACACAACCAAGCAUUUACAAGAUGUCUCAACAUCAAAGACACUUAAGACCAUGCUGGCAGAUUGAGGAGCACUUGCUGACCAACGGCUUGACCACAAGCUCCAACAGUUUUCAAUCCACAGGAUGAUAGGCUAGCAGCCACAAGUGGUCAAUUAUGGACUUAUUAGUAACAUUUUCAUUCACUAAAUUCCUGCUGUUUUUCUAGAAUGUUUAAGUAUUAUAAUGUGCUUUUAUUAGGGUUCUCCAUAGGGCAGCAUUCGUUGAGCUGUACCAAGUCAAUUAAUUCAAUCCAGUUGUCCAAAGUGUAUGUAAACAUUCCAGUUACUGCCCCUGAUGUUGUUACUCCCCCUGUUGUUCUAGCAGUUUGAGUGUACAACAGAUGUGUGUGUUAUGUCCCUAGUGAUAUCCCAGCCUGUGAUUGCAGAAGGUUAGAACAACACAAUUCCCCAGAUGGUCAGAACUACACAAUUCCCCAGUUUACUUAGAACAACUCCCCAAUCCCCAGAUGGUCAGAACUACACCACUCCCCAGUUUACUUAGAACAACUCCCCAAUUCCUUUAGUUUUAUGCUAUUGUUUUAUACAAGAAAUGAGGCUAUGCAUAAAACUGGCAUCUGUUGCAUUGGACCGGUGGAAGCUCACAAAUUUUCAGACAAUUUUUAUCCAUGUUUUAAUUUGUUGCUGCACCUCAUUCAGAUUUAGAUUAGUGUAAUUAUCCUAAUUAGGAAAAUCUUGUUAAACUUAUUUCUUUGUUAUGUCAAUUCCUGCAAACUUGUAAAAGCCACAGUGAAUUAUAACAUGUCUUUUAAUGAAUUGUCCUUUUGAUUUCUUUGUGAUUGAUGUGAUUGCUAAAAAACCCAAAACAAAAUGUUGAAUCCAACAGUAACUUCCCUUGAUUCCAGUUGUAGGCCUUGCUGGUUUCCCUUUCUCUCUCUCUGUGAUUCUCUAGUUUUCUGCUUCAGCUGUUGUGAUGCUGUUGAUCAAGCCAGUGAUUCUGUUUUGAGUGCUUUUAUUUCAUCAUUUCUUAACUUAGCAAGCUGCCACUCUUCAUGUUGUGACAUGGACUACAACUGAAAUCAAGUCAACAAAUCUCUUUUGCUUUGGGCUGGCAUUUCACCAAGUUCACAAUUGCUCAACUUUUUUUUUAUUGCAGCUGCUGGAUUUAGAUAAGUUGGACAUUUUUUACAUAAUUUUUUUGUAAAAUUCUGAGACGAUUGUGUGUUUAAAAACUGCAAUGUAAUGAAGAUAAGAACCAAGAACUUACAAGUCUUGUCGAAGGAUGAGUGCGAAGAACUUACAGUAGAUGCUGGUUGUGAUUUUUUUUCUCAUGUGAUUUCUCACUGUUUCAUUUCAUCCCAUUCACUUAGUCAUUUGAUUGUUAUUUUUUAAUUUAUUUCAUAAGUAGCCUGGAUAUGAUAAGAUACAGGGCAUGUCCCACAUGAGGCUGUAGGGCCCAUAGGAUUCUUCCAACGCCCACUGUGGUGUAAUAGGCCAUUUGAUUGCCCCCUCUUGGCUGUAGCACUGUUGAGAUGGGAUGGAUUCUGAAAAUAUUUUAUAGAACCUUAUUGUAUUUUUUUAUUUAAUUAAUGUGCAUAGAGCCAAUGACUUUGUUGUUAUAAUAUGUGAUCAGCUCAAAUGGCGGACCUAAGUCAUACUUUAUUUCUGUGCAGCAUGCAUCAUCAAAUUAUUCAUCUCACGUUACAGUCACUAAACACUUAAACAUUUAAACGCUAUUGAAAUUUUAAUUUAAAAAAAUGAUGCUACAUAGCAAGAAGAGCUGAGCCUGUAAGUCCAUGAUUGUUGUAUUACAUUGUGUGUAGCUAACUGUGCCUGAAUGUCUGGUCUUCUAGGACUGUGUUUUCUGACUGUGCCUGAAUGUCUGGUCUACUAGGACUGUGUUUUCUGCCUGUGCCUGAAUGUCUGGUCUUCUAGGACUGUUUUCUGCCUCUCACCUUACUUGUACAUACACCCUCAUCAGCACAAUGUUGGUUUGACAUUGCUUUGUAAAUAUCUUUCAACAUUCAUCCAAGUGCUACUCCUUCUGUUUUGUUAUACAAAAAUCUCCUCGUUAUUAAUUAACUAUUUUCUUAAUUGAUAGAGCCAUAUGAACAGGUUUUUGCAAUUAUUACUUUUUAUAUCAACAAAAUUAUUAUAAUAUAAAUGUUUCUCAAAUUAUUUUUUUGAAAUAAGUCCAAUAAACUGAACAGGGUUUUUUAAAAUAUAUUUUUAAUCAUUAAAAAAGUCACAAUAAAUUAAACCUUCCUUUUUUUUUUUUUGCUUAUUUUUUUUUUAAUUGCCAAAAAAAAUCACAAUAAACUGAACAGGGUUUUUCAAAAUAUUUUAAAAAUCACAACAACAAAAAAUCACCAUAAAUGAAACAUUGUAUCUUGAAUAUAUGUUUUUAAAUGACCAAAAAAAAAGCACUAUAAUUAAACAUUUUAUUAAAAUGUUUAUAAAUCACCAACAAUCACCAUGAGAUAUAGAGCCUGUGGGUUUUCUUGUCUUAGCACAUUUAUUUUGGGCAUAAUUUAAAUAAGUCAUCAGUUGGGGUAAAGUGAUAGGCCUACCUCUAUUUUGGGUGGGCAGAUAACUGACCAUCCCUACACUAAGGGCAGACAACCUUCAAUUUUAUUAACACAACUUUACAUCACAAUUUUAAAGAUUUUUUUUUUAUUCUCCGAUAAUUUUUGUUUAAAAAGUUUUAUAUAACAUUUUUUAUGAGCAUGUAUGAACACUUUUGCCAAAGUUAAAUUAUGAAUUUAAGUUCUGAACUUUAUUUCACUUUAUGCAACUAUUAAAGUAUGUGAUUAUCUUAUCUUAGUUCAUCGACCUCAGUGUUGUAAACAGCUCCCAGCCUAGCUGAGUCAAUGAACAAAAAUAUUUUCUUAAUUUUCUUUUUUUUCCCCCACUGCAACUAAUAACUAUGCAUACAAACAAUUUGUAUAGGUGGUCAUUUCUUUAUGUAAUUUAAUAUCAAAUAUGCAUGUCAGUUUUAGAGUAUCACUCAGUAUUUUGUUAGAAAAAAAUGUUUUGAUGAAUAAAUCCCUCACCUAGACUUGUAAAUUUAAUCUCUGGAUAUGAGAAGGAGGACACUGUUUUUAUUUCUCUCACGCUGCCUAGAUGCUGCUUUUAUGUGAUAAACAGGUCUAGAUUUAUUUAGUUCUAUUUUUGUCCAGUUUUUCUUUUUAAAUCCGAAAGCAAAUAUUUGUCUAUAUAUACUAAUAUUUAAAGAAGUAAUGCAACCAUUUUGUCUGGAGUGAUAUUUGAAGAAGUAAUGCAACCAUUUUGUCUGGAGUGAUAUUUGAAGAAAUGCGAGCAGUUAGAAGAGGUCAUGUCUGUGGGUUACUCACCAGUUAGGUUCUAGUGCCUUAGCUUUGUUCACAUGCACAUCCCAGUGAGCUCAAAUAAAACCACUUGUUGUGUCCUAUGAUUUUGAUGCCAACUUUUUAUUUUCUAGCUUCUAUUUUAAAACUUUUUUUAAGCGAGGUACUAUAGAUAUUUGUAUAUUUUGUUGCUUUAUGUAUUAGACAGUAAUAAAGUCAAUUUGUUAAUAAUGUAUUAAAGAAUGAAUAAAAUCUAACAAUAGCUCAUUAAACAUUCCCAAUAUGAAGGUGACAUCCUUAUAUAAAUUAUUCUCUUCUUUGACUAAUUAGUUUUGUGAAGGGUGCAUACCUUUGUUCAGUGUAUCUUCCCUGCCAAAGCUAGUUAAAUCAUGCUGCAUGUCCAUUUUAGUUUAUAUACAAAAUGAUGGAGCAUCUGCUCUUAGAUUUAUUUAUUUUAUUUACCAAAAAUUUACAUUUCUGAUGACCUUUAGAAAAAUAAAAUUUUGAGUGAUUUCCCUUUGAUCCCAAUAUUUGUUACACUUUUUAUUUUUGUUGAAACCACAACCGCCUGUUUGUUUAGUGAGGCUUUGCUUAUGUCAUGUGUUUUCUCCUUGUUGGCUACACCUGUAGUUAGACAGGCAGGUAGACAAAGGUUAUCAUAAAUUUAAAUUUUAUGACGUUUCUGCUUUAAGAAAUAAAUAUGACAAACUAUUA